AUGAUACACCAGAUAAAUUUAGAAAAUCUUAAAUUUACAACUUACAUGGUAAAGAAAACAUCUACUAAUCUAAAAACAUUGAUUACUGAUGCUGAUUAUUCUAGAAAAGGAUUAUUAAAAACUUACAAAAACAAUCUCGAAAUUGAGAGUGAACUUUCUCAUCUGAUAAAUUUUUUAGACAAUAAUAAAGAGUUGCAAACAAAGGAGUUUGAUGAAUUUAAAAGUGAAAUAUGUUUGACAGGAUUAAAAAAUAAAAGCUCGCAGAUCACCUGUUUAUUGGAUGAAUAA